UUUUAGCUUCUAUUAAUGUUCACCUCUAAAACAGAGGGGGGAAAAUGCAAUUCUGCAAUUAACAGAACUUAAAAGUAACAAAUAAUCCAAAGAUGCAAAGGUUUUAACUUCCUUUUUUUUUUUUUCUUUGGAAGAAAUGAUCUACAUUUUCAGUAAUAGCAUCUGACCACAGGAUGCUACUGGCUGGAUACAAUCAUACCAACAGCAUACACACACACACACACACACUCUAAUCAUGUCAGUGACACUGCUGUGCUGAGAAAGAGCCACCAUCCAAACAAUACCUCGUCAGUGCUGGUCACUUUUCAGUCAUGGACAAGGUCGACUAGAGGGGGCUGACGAACAGAUUAACACAUGGUAAGUGUAUACUAUACCUUUCACAUGUAAUGGUAUAGUGUACAUUUACUAUCUGUACAGGGUAGGUGUAACGAAUAAACUGGUAACCAAGUGUAUAAUACUAGGGUGUUUUUCACAGUAUUAACACUGCAAAAAGCGAAUCUUGAAUAAAAGUAAAAAAUAAUUAAUGUCUUAUUCCUCUGGCUGAUAGGUUUGCUUGAAAUAAGCUAAAUUCUCUGAAAUUGAAAAAAAAAACAAACAGACAAUGUUCUAAUUAUUUAAUUAAAAUUCCUAACUAAUAAUCUCAUAAGAAAUAUUAAAUAAAUAUGUCUAUAAUGAAGAUAUUUUUAAUAUAUUAUUUAAUAUAUUUACAGUGCAGCUUUACAGGAAUAACAUGUUCUCAUGUUGAAAAUCACCAUGUCAUUAUAUUCAAAGUACGCCCUUCAACUCUACAGAUUUCUAUUUGAAUGGUGUAAAAGACAUUGUAGAAAAAAAUGAUUGUAAAAUGAGAGGAGAAAGUGAGUGUCCAGAUAUAGGGUGUAUCUAAAACAGGCUAAUUCUAAAUGAUGCUAAGUAAUAAAGGUAUUUGACUUUGACAGGCUUCCGUUAUUAUUAUUAUUAUUAUCAUUAUUAUUAUUAUUAUUAUUAUUAUUAUUAUUAUUAAAUGCCUAAGGUGAAUGGGGCUAAUUUAUUAAAUAAACACUGGUGAACUGUUUAUUUUUUAAGGAAAUCUAUUAAAUAUAACAAAUUUAUAAUGUCAUCACUAUCUACUGUCCUGCUGUAGCUAUAUUUAGCUUUUUUCUUUUCCUUUUUCUUUUUCUUUUUUUUUCUUUUACCUAACUGCAACAAAGCUGAUGUAUGUAAUUAAAGGAUAACUUGAAAAAUACAUCUAUACUUUUUUUUUCUAGGUGUUUCUAGCUAGUUUCAGCUAGAAACACCUCAUUUGCCAUUUCAGUCACACCCAUAGUGAUCCUGAAGGUAUGCCCUCUUUGCCCCACCCAUCUACACCUAGAAUCAGGAAGUCAGUUGAGAAAGACGCUUCAACUCUGCUCUCUGAUGAUAGUGAAAUGGCUGAGGACAGUAAUAUUGCAGUGGACCAUCUUCAGUUCAGCUGUUCAAUCUGCCUGGAUUUGCUGAAGGAUCCUGUAACUACUCCGUGUGGACACAGCUUUUGUAUGGUGUGUAUUAAUGACUUUUGGGAUCAGCCUCUUCAGAAGGGGGUAUACAGCUGCCCUCAGUGCAGAGAGACCUUCAUGCCGAGACCUGUCCUUCGUAGGAAUAAUGUCAUGGCUGAAGUGGUGGAGAAGCUCAAGUGGAAAGACCUAAGCGGCGCUUGUCCUACUCGUUAUAGCUCAGAAUCGGGAGAUGUGGAGUGUGACAUCUGCUCUGAGAGCAAAGAAAAAGCUGUGAGGUCCUGUCUGGUGUGUAUGGCUUCUUUCUGUAAGACUCAUCUCAAACCUCAUUAUGAAUCUCCUGUUUUUAAGAAGCAUAAGCUAGUCCAGGCAUGCAAACAACUGCAAGACAAAAUCUGUUCUCGUCAUGACAAACUGAUAGACUUCUACUGUCGAACAGACCGGACAUUCAUUUGUGCAUUCUGUAUGACAGAUGAACAUAAAGGCCACAAUACGGCAUCGGUUGCUUCAGAAAGAACUGAAAAACAGAAGCAGAUAAGGGAUAUACAGAGGAAAUCCCAGCAGAGAAUCCUGGAAAAGGAGAAGAAACUGCAAGACCUUCAACAGGCUGUGAACACUCUUAAGAGCUCUUCACAGGCAGCGGUGGAGGAAAGUGAGAGAAUCUUUACUGAGCUGCUUCUCUUCAUUGAAGAAAAGUGUUAUGAGGUGACCGAACUCAUCAGAGCUCAGGAGAAGACUGAACUGGAUCAAGCUGCGGGACUGCAGGAGCAGCUGGAGCAAGAGAUUGCUGAACUUAAGAAGAGAGACACUGAGCUGGAGCUGCUAUCAGACACAGAGGAUCAUGUGUAUUUCCUCCAGAAGUUCCAGACUGUCUGCUCCACUUCUAAAGCUAAGGACUUACCCAGGAUGACUAUUAAUCAACAUAUUUCAUUUGAUGGCGUGAGGAAAUGUCUCUCGGACCUGAAAGAGCAAUUUGAGGAAUUCUGCAAAGAUAAAUUCAACAAAAUCAAUCCAAAUGUUGCCAAAAUUCAGAUGAUUUUACCCUGUGAACCAAAGACCAGAGAGGAAUUUCUCCAGUAUUUCUGUCUCCUGACCCUGGACCCCAACACGGCAAACGAGGCACUGUGGCUUUCUGAAAACCACAGGAAAGUGUCACGCAGUGGGAAACUAAACCUGUACCCUAGUCAUCCGGAGAGAUUCGAUGGUUAUGGUCAGGUGCUGUGUAAACAGGGUGUAUGUGGACGCAGUUACUGGGAGGUUGAAUGGAGCAGGGGUGGAUGGGUAUAUGUCUCAGUCUCGUAUAAAGGGAUCAGCAGGAAAGGACGUGGUAAGGAAUGUUGGUUUGGACACAACGCUCAGUCCUGGAGUCUGGAGUGCAGUUCCACUCUGUCGUUCUGGCACAAUGACAUUCAGACAAAGAUCUGUGGCCCAUUAUCCUCCAGAAUCGGAGUGUAUUUAGACCACAGUGCAGGAGCUCUGUCUUUCUACAGCGUCUCAGACACAAUGACUCUCCUAUACAGAGUCCAGACCACGUUCACUGAGUCACUCUACCCUGGUUUUUGGGUUAAUGCACUUGCAACUGCUAAGUUGUGUUACUCUGUAGAAUGACAAAAACACAUUAGAAUGUUGUCAUUCUGAAUAUUUGUUAUGAGAAAAGUGUUAUGCAAUUGUGUAACUGAUUGCACAUGGUUUGUGUUUUAUUACUGGGAUUAUGAAAUCAGUAUGUUUCAGUAAGUACUGUGGUGGGUCAGUGGUUAAGGCUGAUUGGAAGGUUGUGAGGUCAAAUACUGACGGUGCCACUGCUGGGCCCUUAAGCGAGAUGGCUCAGUUUAAUAAAGGUGCCUGUUACAUGAAUAAAUGUAAUUAACAUAAGAACAAACCAAUUUAAAUAUUUGUUGCUGUAAGAUGAUAUUUUUUUUAAAAAUAAUGACAAUAUAAUAGAUAUUUAUUUCUUUAAUGAACGUAAAUUACCAAUUCAGCAAGUAGAAAUAGUUUUAUGUUUGAUGCUAAUAUUUAUGCUCACAGAGAAUCUAUUAUAUGUCUAUGAUAUGGCACACUUUUGAAAGUGUGUGUGUGUGUGUGUGUGUGUCUGUUUAGCCAUUAAACCAUUUUAUUCAUGUAAGUAGAACAUGUGUAGGGUUUUUAUAUGUAACCUGAUAAAAUUAAAAACGUCUAAGACUAAGACUAAGAGAGAAUGUGGUGUUAAUUUUAUGUUUUAAUUCAAGCAUAUUAAAUUAACCAUAAGUCAAACAAGGUAUUUGCUGAAUGAUUUUGAAUUUUCUUUUCUUUUUGGAAAAAUAACGUUUUCGUGCUAUUAUGAUAAAUGAUAGACAAAGUGACAGGGGUUCAAUCCUGAGCCUGGGGUCCUGUCUAUGCAGAGUUUCGUAUGUUCGCCCUGUGUUUGCUUUGGGGUUCCACCAGGUUCUCUGGUUUCCUCCCACUGUCCAAAAACAUGCAGGUAGGCGGAUGCUAUGGCUAUGCUCAAUUGCCUGAAGAUGUGAAUGUGUGUGUAAGUGCAUGUGUACAAGGUUCCCUGCAAUAGACUGACAAUCCAUCCAGGGUGAAUUCUCCCGCCUUGAGCACAGUAUUCCUGGGAUAGGCUCCAGAUCCACUGUAACUCUAACCAGGAUAAAGCAGUUAAUGAAGAUGAUUGAAUGAAUGACCUAUAAAAACACUUCAGCUAAAAUGUUCAUUCUAGUAUCAUUAAAACUGAUGCUUUAAGAGAAAUGUACUGGCCUCUGUAACAUGUCAACAUGACCCAAAUUAAUGUAUUAACCAGUUCGGAAAAUUCUCAGCAAGGAGCUGGUCCACCCUGCUUGUAAAAUAUUAAGAAAUAAUACUAGGAUUAAGGUGUUUUGUUGCUUAAUCAAUAACAGAGGAAUCAAAAAUCUGGCUGCCACCAUUGCUGGCAACAGGUUACACUCCAAAACAAUAGAGAAGUGAAGAAAACAUCUAAAAAGGAAUGGGAUUAAGCAAGAAAGAAGACAAAGGUGGAUUUACAGCACUGGAGAAGGCUGAGAGCAGCCGAAAACUGGUGCUAAGCUCACUCUGCUUCUGCUUAAUAUCUGAUUACUCUGCUUGAGAGGUUAUUGUGUAAUUUGUUAUCCUCAUAAAAAUAUGUUAUCCUCCCAACCUGUGAUAUUACGACACUUAUUAUAACACUUAGACAUCUGCCUGUGCUAAGCCUUGUGUGUUUACUUAUUAGAAAGCAAUUUGAAAUCUCAGUAGAAAGUACAGUGUAUAGUUUUGUUCUGUUUCUUUUGGUACCAGAGUGACCCCAAUGCCUUUGACGGCCCAUGACAGGGCACAGAAGUAUAGGAUAUCAUUUUGCAAUAUGAGUAGAAGAAAACAAUUCUGAUUUUUUUUUCACCAUUUUUAUUGAUUUAGCUAUUUAUACAGU